UCAGAUUUCCCUGGAGCAUGCUUUGCCUCAACAAGAUGCGCAACUGUAGAACCUGGUAAAACUUGGGAACUCCAACCAUUCUGUGGUCGCUCCACCUGCGUUAUAACCAUUUUUCCAGAAAAAACCAACAAAACUGCACCAUUCCCAGGCUGUUGCCCCAUCUUCAAAUGUGAGGAUGGAGCCAAAUUGGAAUAUCCUGAAAUUCCCACAGUAGCUCCAGUACCAGAAGAUGCUCCUAGCACCCCCAAGGCUUAAAAACUGAAGUCACUGAAGUAAUUCUCAACUUUAGUUUCAUUUUCAACUUUUUCUCCAAUCUAUUUCUGUUUGUUUCAUUUCACAAAAAAAGUACAGUAGAAAAAUAAAAAAAAUAUUUAUUAUUUCUAUCGUUUUUACAGUGUUUUCUUCAAUCUCUUCUUUUUCAUUCUCUCUUGUUCUUUUUUGUACCUUUCUUUUCUCUUCUGAAAAAUAUUAUCAAAUCAAAUUGAUCUGAAACAUAUUUGAUUUAGGAAUAAUUGUGAUAUACAGCACAUUAUUUUCAUGUUGGAAUUUUUGGCCUGAUUAUCCGCUGAAUAGUUUUUGCAUUACAUAUUCGAUUGAUUUUUGUAAUCCGUGUUUUGGUAAUAAAUUCAAUUUAUUAAAUUCAACAA